CUUCAGAGAACCUCGGAAAGAUAAUCAUAAUUAAAAUUAACAAACAGUGAUAUACACAAAAGCUUAAUCUAGGUCUGCUCUAGAAGAAACCUGCAGCUGUGUUCCUUGAAGCAGGUCCACAUUGAAUCGGUUCUUCAUUCCGACGUCAUAUCCGCCUCCAGGCGUGCGAGGCUGGAUUCUACCCUGAAAUAUGCGUCAAAUUGACGUCGCCAGUCGCCAUGUAUAUGAGGGCCUACUUCGAUUCUGCCAGCAUUUAAAACAUUAACUAAGAGUGAAAAUUCUUGUUCCCAUACAGAUUCUUUUUCUGAUUGACUCACAAGCAUGUCUACUCGAUUCAAGCUCAAUACCGGUGCAGAGAUCCCAGCCAUCGGCUUUGGAACCUGGCAGGAUGAGCAUGCCCAGGAAGAGGCCGUCAGCGAAGCGAUCAAGGCGGGAUACCGCCAUAUUGAUACUGCUCGAGUGUACGGCACAGAAAAGUAUGUCGGCAACGCCAUCCGCAAGAGCGGCGUGCCUCGUGAGCAGCUAUUCGUGACCACAAAGCUGUGGAACAAUAUGCACCACCCAGACGACGUCCCGAAGGCGCUCCAAGAAUCCCUUGACAAUCUGGGCCUGGAUUAUGUCGACUUGUUCCUGAUUCACUGGCCGAUCGCCUGGCAACGAGGAGACAAUCUCUUUCCGAAAGAGAACGGCAAGCAUAUAGUGAUUGAUGUUGACAGUGUCGAUACAUACAAAGCCAUGGAGAAACUCCUUGAAACCGGCAAGGUGAAGGCGAUUGGCGUCUCCAAUUUCUCCAAGGCCGAACUGGAGCAUCUCCUGCAGAACACCAAGGUGGUGCCCGCCGUGCACCAGAUUGAAUGCCACCCCUGGCUGCAGCAGAAGGCCUUUACCGAGUGGCUCAAAUCCAAGGGCAUCCAUGUGACGCAUUACUCUUCCUUCGGCAACCAGAACGCCAUCUACACCGGCCAGACCAAGCUCGGAAAACUGAUCGAGGAACCCCUUCUGACCGAGAUCGGGAAGAAAUAUGGCAAGAACGCCGCGCACGUUGCUCUUGCAUGGGGCGUCGCGCAAGGCCACUCUGUGCUCUGCAAGUCCAAGACGCCAUCGCGCAUCAAGGCAAAUCUCGAAGGCGAUUUUCGGCUGGAGCCCGAGGACGUCGAGAAGAUCGAAGAGAUCAACAAGAAGAUCCGGUUCAACGAUAGCAGCCGGGACUUUGGAGGGGAGUUUUUCACUGAUCUUGAGGGGAAGCAAAAGUAGUUAGCGGUCGUGCGACCUAAUGUAAUUAAUUAAUUAACUAGCUAGUUAAUAAUUAUUAGUGAACUAGUUUUUAGUAAGUA